CUCACUCCGUUCGUCGCCGACGCCGUUGCUCGCCGCAUCUGUGAGACUCCAUCGCCAUCGCCAUCGCCUUAACAAGUCCCAAGUCCCAAAUCGAAGCUGCUCUCUGACUCUCCGGCCUCCGCCAGUCCGCCGCGCUCUACGUCUCCUGUCGGCUGUGUCCUGCCGUGCUGGUUCAUCGCUGCCGAGUGUCGAAGACGAAGCACCAAGAUCUCACUAGCUCAUCGCUGGUUCAUCACUGCUCAUCUCUGGCUCACUUAGUCGGGCAGAAUCUUUGUCAAGAAAAUGCAAAGUGGCACUAGACAUUCAACGAGUUGCUCAAGAUUAGAAGGCAAUGUCGAAGGAGUUGGUAUGGCAAUUAGUCCUCCCGAGGUAUCUUCUAUCCCGCGAUCAUCUGCUCAUGAUUCAACUACUCCAUUCACGUUGGAUACCCCUGUUUUCAUAAGUAAUGAUACAACAACAGCUGGAGUUCAAGUAUUUGCUCUUGAAGAACAAGAAGAAGAAGAAGAAGAACCAACUGGUCAAAUAGGCGGAGACACGCGGGAAGUAACUGAAGCUGAAGAUGAAUUCCAGAUCCCUAAAAGAAAUAAAACAUCUGAGGCUUGGGAUGAUUUUGACGAAGUUGAGGAAAAUGGAUUGAAUUAUGCCAUUUGCAAGCAUUGCAAGAAAAAGCUGUCAAGAGGCAAGUCAAAGCAAACAAGUAGCAUGUGGAGACAUCGGAAUAGAUGUUCAGCCCGAAAAGCAAGCAUUAGAAAGGCUGAGCAGCAAACAAAAUUAAAUUUCCAGCCAGCUGAUGAUUCUUUUCCGACUUUGCCACCCUUGAGCGGAAAGUUUGACAUGGAGAAAGUUAGAGAGGCAGCUGCACAUUGGGUGCUAAUGCAUGAGCAUCCAUUCACCAUAUUAGAAGAAGAAGGCUUCAAUCUUAUGAUGAAACGAGCGGUGCCAGAGUGGAAGAAAAUCUCUCGAGCAACAGCAAAAAAUGAUUGUAUGCAAGUAUAUGAGCUUGAAAAAAAUAAGUUGAGGAACAAGUUGAAAAAUGUGGAAAGAGUGAGCAUCACAACCGAUCUUUGGAAGUCGAAAAAUCAAAAGAUCGAGUACAUGGUCAUCACCGGGCAUUGGAUUGAUUCUGAUUGGAAACUACAAAAGCGAGUCUUCAGUUUUGUACAUAUACCACCGCCUCACCGAGGAGUUGAGAUAGCAUCUUCAAUUUUUAAAAGUGCAAAAGAGUGGGGCAUUGAGCACAAAAUUUACAGCAUAUCAGUUGAUAAUGCCUCGAACAAUGAUGUAGCUGUUAGAAUAUUAAGAGAUGACAUCUCCAGGUCCAAAAAGCUUCUUUUUCAAGAUGGCAUUUCUGAGAUUGUGGACAUCACCAAAGCCAUUAGGGAUUCCGUGGAAUUUGUGAAUCGAUCAGAGGGGCGUGCAUUGAUGUUUGCUGAAAUUGCGCAACAACUCCAUAUACCAGGAAAAAAGUUGCUUUACAAUUGUAAGACAAGAUGGAAUGCCACAUUUGAGAUGCUGAAUUGUGCCAUCAAAUUUAAGGAUGUUUUUCCCCGUUUCCAAGAUAGAGAGCAAAGUUACGAUUUUUGCCCAUCUGCUGAGGAUUGGAAAAAAGCUGAAAAGGUUUGUUCGGUCUUGGAAAAAUUUUGGGAGUGCACACAUAUAAUUUCUGGUUCAGAUUAUCCUACGAGCAAUUCCUUCAAGAGUUGGUGA